GACGCAGCUGUAAGUGGGACAAAUGAAGUUCAUUUUCCACAGCUGGUGAUGGCGGAUGUUGUUGAUAAAGACACCAUGAAGAAUUACCACAUAGCGUCCGAGAAAAUAAACCCAGAGACCAGUCGCUAUCCUUACUGUAUUGUGUGGACCCCCAUUCCCGUGUUGUCAUGGCUGCUUCCAUUCAUUGGCCACAUGGGAAUCUGCACCUCCACUGGUGUCAUCCGGGACUUUGCUGGACCUUACUUUGUCUCAGAGGACAACAUGGCUUUUGGAAGACCAACAAAGUACUGGAUGCUCGACGUCAGCAAAGUCUACGCUAGCGGCUCCAAUGCCUGGGACACUGCGGUGCACGAUGCCUCGGAGGAGUAUAAACACAGGAUGCACAACCUCUGCUGUGACAACUGUCACUCACACGUCGCCAUGGCUCUGAAUCUGAUGCGAUAUGAAAACAGCACCUCGUGGAACAUGGUCAACCUCUGCCUCCUUGCUCUGAUCCAUGGAAAACAUGUCAGCUGUGCAGGCUUCCUGAAGACCUGGCUGCCUUUCCUGAUGCUGAUGGGCAUCAUCCUUACAGUGGCCCUGGCCCUCAACCUGCGGUGACCUGGGAGGCAGGUCGAGGACGCAGUGGAACCCCUGCAGGAUGCAGGGGGGGGCCUUUUAGACAAAAAGGGGGAGGGGGGGCAUCACACGGUGUCGAGCGAAGGGAACUGAGGAGAUAAGGACUACUCUCCUCCAAGAGAUGAUUGCUGAAUAGGAAUGUCCCAACACAUGUACACCAACACAUGCUAGGCGGACUGUUGCUGGCAGCGCUCCAGUGGCGAAGCUGGAAUGCCGCAGGGAUGGAAAUUCAUUCACAUUCAGUCAUUUAUUUUGAGCGAAGUGACUGAACGCCACCACCACACCUACCAGAACAACACAUCACAUUUAAUGGAUUAUGAUUAUUGAAAGCCUAACAGCAGGUUCACGCCACCUGCAAAGUGUACAAGUUGUGUAGCUGUAUUAAUAGUUGAAUAGAGGUAUAUACAUUGUUGAAUUCUCUAAGGGGAAACACAUCCAUGCCUUGCUUUUAGAUUUUGAUGACCUUACUUUGUAAUGGACUGGGAGUGUAAUCCCAUGUUUCUGUGCUUCCAGAAUGCCAUUUUUAUACUGGGGAGCACAAACAUGUUAAAUCAAUUAGAUGCCUUUCUAGGGAAUUUAUUGCAUUUCAUGCUUGAUCUAAUGUAGCUCUUCUACACUACUGCAAAUUAAACCUAAAUAUUUUCUUACUUGUAUUUAGUCUGAACGCCGUAGGAUAUCAACAAGUCUGCAUCUUCUAAACAGAAAUAUUUUCUCAGAGAUAUGUUUGCAUUACAUGUAUCACCUCAUGGUACGACUGUAAUAGGUUUACGAUGAAUGUUUUCAUACCUAUUUAACUACAGAUCAUCAGUGCAAUGAUUGUAGCAACCUCGAUGAAUGUGGCUGUGGAAAAUACCAACUGAAUAGCAAUGCUCUUUAUUGGUUUUCUAUACUUGUGCCAAAUGUAGGAGAAUGGCAGACCAACACAAACUGUGUCCUUAAAUAUGUUAACUUGUUCUUUAGUGGAACAGCUCAUUAAGUUAUUGAAUGGAAAGCCUGUUGACGUCAGAGUCAUGAAAACCGGUCUGAUCUUUUUGUUUUCAUCACUAAUUUUGACUUUAUGGGAAGAAGCAAGAGUCAGUGCCUACAAAUGACCUCUUUCACAGAUCCCUUAUGUUUUAUAUUUUCAGUUUUGUAGUUAUUUUUGAAAGAGAAAAAAAAGUUAAUUCCAUGCAAUGGUUGGCACCUCGAAAUCCGUUGCCAUGGCUGUCGUGAGUAAAUUCAAAUCCCCUCAUUGUUUGCAAUCAAACAGGAAAAAAAGUGUUGAGCCCUCUCUUUGUCCGCGGUGCUGCCAGAAGCAGCAGGUAGCCAGGAUCCUCAGGUUUUUUCACACUCGCCAACCCCUGCUGAAUAUCCCCACUUUCCCCCAGCGCCUGACCAGCGUCGCUCCCGCUGGUUCCCACCUCUGCCGAUCAGAUUCGAAGGUCAUCGUGAAAUGUCAGCGCUGUUUCACAAAGCUUUGAUAUAUAAACCGGCCAACAACCUGCAAUAAUCUCAAGGAGAUGACGUUUUAAGUGUGAGCUUAUGAAUUCAAAUGAGUUUUUAUUUUCUGUAUGAAGGGUUUAACACUAGGGCUAACAUAGUGCCAGUUUUCUAGACUUUGCUCUUCACAUUGAGCUUCUGUUGAAAGAAGAUAUUCUGUGGCCUCUUGUGUGUAUUUCACCCAUGUUGCCUGUAAAUACCUGAAUACACAUUACACUGUACACCAGGUGCUCUUUAUAUACUUUGCAAACUUGAUCGCUCAGUCUACAGAUAUAUUCUUUUGAAUAAUUUAAUGUCAUUUUUGUUUUCCACUGCAUAUCAUCUCUGCUCGACAGUACGCAGACUUGUGCCUGAAUGAGUGUGUGAUCUUGUGUUUGUGUGUGUGCUAGUCACACAGCGACUGGAGAAAGCACGCGAUUGCAUGCCAGCAUGUGUGUAUUGCAUGCAUGCAAGAGAGUUUUAGAGAGAAAGUUCACGUUUGACUCAUACUGGGGCUUCUUGAUUAUUAAUCAGCUGCAUUUCAUCGCAGCCAACUGCCUAGUGAUUGAUUUCUAUAUUUAUUACUCCAUAUCUUUCUUUUAAUCUCUUUCCAGUUUUAUGUGAUUGCUGGUAACCCUCAGCAAGAAUAAAUAAUACAUUAGACUGUAACAGGCCUGCUUAGGUUAAUGCUGAUUUGAUGCAAUAGCCUGUACUGUAAGCGUGAGUGGAGUCAUUUUCUUAAAGCAUUAAAACAAGGAAAGAAAUGGAGAAUCUUGCCCUUAAUUUGAAUAGUGGCUGCUAUCUGUAUAACAACACACUGGGGAAUAUUUACCCCUUUUACUGUGACGCUUUUUACUUUUUUGAAGCCAUGUCACUAGUAACUAGUGUGAAGAGGCUAGAGCCCGACUGAUAUAUUGGUCAGCCGAUAUCGGCCUAUCGCAUACAUAUCGGUAUCGACGUAUAUGGCAUCUGAUGUGCGCCGAUAUGAAAACUUUUAUCCCUGUUAUAUAAUGCUUGGUGUCGCUACACUUUACAAUACUGUGGCAGCACAGAGUAUUAGAGACAAAGCAGUUCUUAGCAGUGUCAACUAGUAUUGGUUGACAAUGUGUAUGUUUUAUUUAACAUCAUUCAGGCGCAGAAAUUCACAAUGCCAUAUGGGUAAACUUUCCCCCUCUAAAAUCAGUAUCGUAUCAAGACUGUCAGGCUCUAGAAGAGAUCACCUUUUAUCGUUAAUACAACUUUAUGCCCCAAACUCUUUCAUGUUUAUAUUCUAAAUCAUUGGGAAAUCAUGAUUUUUGGGACUUGGGAUGCAAGCAAGCAGACUGGUAGCCCCACUGUGAUGUUACUUAAAGUAGCAUGUGUAAAAUAAAAAAAUUAUAAAAAUAUGCUCAUUAUGCCUAAACAUUUUACAUCUCUGUCUAACCUCAGUGAACGUGGCUGUGGAAAAUACUCCAUAGAAACAAACAGAACAGCGCAGAUCCUUUCGGUUCUCUGUAAUUGCGCUAAAUGUCGGAAAAAUAGGAGACAAACUGUGUCCUUGUUGUCUUCAGUGAAACAGCUCAUUCAUUACAUUUGGAGCUGUUGAAGGUAAUGAAUGAAUGGCCCUUUGAGAUCAGUUGAUCAAACUCAAAACAUUGUCACUAGUACUGCUUCUGACAUAUAAACAUAUAUAAUUGUUUUAGGAAGAGAGACAGAAAUAGUACACCGGUCCUUUAUCGGAGUGCACGUGCAAGAAUGCAGCAGAGAUCAUUUGAAUGGUUUUAGAUGCUGCCUGCUGCGGUGCCUUGUUGUAUCCAAGAGCCAGGUCCAGGAAUGCGGAGACCUGUGGUCCUAGCGAUUCAGUCCCUUCACAAAAGACAGUUGGGAUGCUAUUAUUAGUGCCACGAUCCAUAUAUACUUAUACUAGUCUGCAGUUUCAACACUCUUUCAUUUCUAUAAUUUCUCCAAAAAUAUCUCUUCUGCAGUGGAUCAUAUAGUCCACAUGGAAAUUCAAGACUCCUGCAAGUGACUGUGUGAACUGAAAAUGAAUGUGUUUAUGACUUACAGCUAUAAUACCAAUAAAGAUGUCUAUUAUUGUAGAAA